GAGGGGCGGGGCCCGGCGGCGGCAGCGGAACGCGGCCCGGGGAGACGCGAGGGCGGCGGGAGCGGAGCGGGAGCGCCGGGGCUGCGGGCCCUGAGGCCCGUACUCCACCCGCGGGGCUCUGAGGGCCCCUCAGGCCCGUGCUCCACCCCCGGGGCUCUGAGGGCCCCUCAGGCCCGUGCUCCACCCCCGGGGCUGCGGCCCCUCAGGCCCGUGCUCCACCCGCGGGCCCCUCAGGCCCGUGCUCCACCCCCGGGGCUGCGGCCCCUCAGGUCCCUGCUCCGCCCCCGGCGCCGUGAGGGCCCUCAGGACCCCGGUGCGCGGCUUCGGCGCUCUCGGUUCUGGGGCUGUGGAGCAGUUGCCGGCCCCGGCCCGGCCCCAAGCGCCGAGGCCGCCGUGCUCAGCCCGCGGCGUGCCCGCCUGCCCGGUGCGGUGCAGAAGGGCCGGCCCCGCUCCGCUCCGCUCGGCCAUGGCCGCGGCCCGGGCCGCGCUCGGUCUGCGGCGGUGCCUGUCCUCGGCCGCCCCGGCGCCUCGGGUCUGCGUGGUGGGCAGCGGCCCCGCCGGCUUCUACACGGCUCAGCACAUCCUCAAGCACCACGGCGGGGCCCUGGUGGACAUCUACGAGAAGCUGCCCGUCCCCUUCGGGCUCGUGCGCUUUGGAGUGGCCCCAGACCACCCUGAGGUGAAGAACGUGACCAACACCUUCACGCAGACGGCGCGCUCGGAGCGCUGCGCCUUCUACGGGAACGUCACCGUGGGCCGGGACGUGACCCUGCCGGAGCUGCAGCAGGCCUACCACGCCGUGGUGCUGAGUUAUGGUGCUGAAGACAACCGGGUCCUGGGGAUCCCAGGGGAGAACCUCCCUGGUGUUUACUCAGCCCGAGCCUUUGUGGGCUGGUACAACGGGCUGCCUGAGAACCAGGACCUGAAGCCUGACCUGAGCUGUGAGACAGCGCUGAUUCUGGGCCAUGGCAACGUGGCACUGGACAUUGCCCGCAUCCUGCUGUCCCCACUGCAGCUCCUCAGGAAGACAGACAUCACUGACAGCUCCCUGGCAGCUCUUGCCUGCAGCAAGGUGAAGCGUGUCUGGCUGGUUGGGAGGAGGGGACCUCUCCAAGUUGCUUUCACCAUCAAGGAGCUGCGGGAGAUGAUAAACCUGCCUGGUGCCAGAGCUGUCCUGGACCCUGCUGACUUCACAGGCCUCGAAAGUGCUGUCAAAGAUGCUCCCAGGCCCAGGAAGCGACUGACUGAGCUGAUGAUCAAAACAGCCCUGGAGCAGCCAGUGGAGAUGCAGGCAGCAGCAGGGGCAGCAGCAGCAGGGGCAGCAGCCCCCAGGGAGUGGGGGCUGAAGUUCCAGCGCAGCCCCCAGGAAGUGCUGCCCAGUGCUGAUGGGAGGAGGGCCAGGGGCGUCCGCAUGGCCCUGACCCGCCUGGAGGGCUCGGGUGACUCUGCCAAAGCCGUUCCCACUGGAGCUGUGGAGGAUCUGGAGUGUGGGCUGGUGCUCAGCAGCAUUGGCUACCGGAGCCUGCCGCUGGACCCGGCCGUGCCCUUCGACAGCCGGCGCGGGGUCAUCCCCAACAGCUCGGGCAGGGUGCAGGGAGUCCCAGGUCUGUACUGCAGUGGGUGGGUGAAGAGAGGACCCACAGGCGUGAUCAUCACCACCAUGAACGACAGCUUUGACACUGCCCAGUCUCUGCUGGAGGAUCUCCAGGGGGGUGUGCUGGAUAUAUCCCCCUCCAGAGAAGGCUUUGGGCUUGUGGAGAGCAUCCUGCACAGCCGAGGGGUCCGUCCUGUUUCCUUCUCGGACUGGGAGAAGAUUGAUGCUGCUGAAGUGGCAAGAGGCAAAGCUGCUGGCAAGCCCCGGGAGAAGAUCGUGGACCCUGCGGAGAUGCUGCAGAUCAUCGGGCACUAGGGCAGCACGGUGGGCACUGCCCCAGUGGUGCCAUCCUGGGGCACACUGCUGGGUCAUGAGCAGGGCCUGGGAGCACAGGGCUUGUGUCUGGGGCUGCUGGUGGCUCUGGAGGGGUGUGUGACACUGGGGCCUCUCUGGUAACAAUGAACUCUGUGUUCCCAAAGUCUCAAGGCCCGAGGCUGUUGGCUGGCCCCACAUCCCUGCAGCCAGCUGCUGUUUCCAGGGGUGAUUCUUGUCUGUCUUUGAAGCAUUAAUGAAUCAUGCAGUGCAGGUGAAGGGAGGUGUGUGUUCACCUGGGACACUCCUGGCCAGCCACAUGCAAGUCACAUGGAGAAGUUGCCCUGUGUCUUACUGCCUCCCCUUAAAGCCACAAGCCAAAUGGGUUUGUUGCCUUGUCAUUCAUGCCAGAGUAGGCAUCUUUUAAUAAUGACCUUUUUUUUUUAAAGAAACCCUUCCAGGGAAGCCAAAAUGGACCUACAACUUGAGUCUGGGUUCUUUGUCUGCCACUGCCUUAACCUUGGAGCAGCCCCCAAAGUGCUGAGGCUCCUGCAAUGUCCCAAGGCAAGGCAGCUCUGGGGGCUCUCUCUGUGAACUCUACACAAGCAGAAAAGGGCAUUAAUUUGCCUUGUACUUCCCCCAGUUAAUUUGCCUUCUACUUCCCACAGUGUUUUAUGGGAUAGAUUGGGAUAACAAGCAUGUAAUUGCAUUGUUGAGGAUCAUGAGGGACCCCGUGUCCAUUGGUACCUGCCAGCGCUGACUGGUGCAAGCAGUGCCUUGAGCUCUUUCUCUCCUUUCACUGGUGGGGUUAUUUUUUUUUUGGUCUGUGUGUUUUGAAGCUUAUUAAAUGCUUCUCUUAGCCCAGAUUGCCUACGGUGACGGUGUCAGGUUUUAAGCCAGAUUACAAGCCGUGAGCUGUAAUCUCCUUUAUCCGUGGCGCAGGGGCAGCGUCAGCUGGGCCCCUUCCCUGGCUGUCCCCAGCCCCCCCUGCUCCCUGCCAGAGCCCUGCAGGAUUGCAGCCCCUCCUCCCUGGCUUUGGAAAUGGUGACAGUGGCAGUGGCUGUGAUGGAGGCAGAGGGGAAAUGGGGCUGGGGCAGCCUCCACUCAGCCCAGCCCCUCUCAGGGCUUGCCCACAGGGUACUGUUCUCUCACCUCAUCUCUGUCUCAGCUCAAGGAACGGAGAUCUCUGACUUCUCCCUAUUUUUCCCUUUUUCUCUCCCAUACUUUUCUAUUUAAAUCUCAUUUGAAAGCUCAUUAAGAAACUCAGGAAAUGUGAUAAUGGGAACUCGUACUCAAACGAGCAAUAAAGCUUUUGUGGAACAGCU